GGCUUUUACUACAAGAAGGCAUUCAGACCCGACCAGCCCUACCGUAUAUUCAACACAUGGUUGGGCGACGCCUCUAAACUCGUAUUUCUCGAACAAGUAGUGAAAGUAAUAAAAGAACAGAAUCUUAUCGAAAAUAUGGCCAAAACCGGUGAUUAUAUGCUUAAAGGCUUGGAAUCACUGCAAAACAAAUUCCCAAACAUAGUGUUGAACGCCAGAGGAAAGGGAACCUUCUGUGCCAUUGACUUCAAGACACCUGCACUCAGAGACAAAGCCGUAAAGGUUCUGCACAAAAAUGGAGUCCACUGUGGAGGUAGUGGUAGUGCGACACUACGCGUGCGAACGACCCUAACCUUCAACAGCACUCACGUCGAUAUCUUCCUCAAGAAAUUCGAGUUAACUCUUAAAGAACUUAAUGAAUGA